AUGCUACCUGGCUCUUUGGUGGUGGGAAAUGUGACAGUUGUCAAGUCCAGACAGACAAGCUGCCCUUCACAUGCGUUCUUAGACUGCGAGCCUGAGCUUGUUCAGUGUCUUGUGAAAAGCUUCUGUUCUCCAAAAAAUACCUCUUGCUUGAGCCUGGCGGCAGCCCCCGUGCACCGAGUUCAUCAUACCUCUCCUGGCUUCCGCGGCUGCAACUACGACUGGUGUCAAAUGAGGAGCAAUACUUUGUAUACACUCGACGGGCUCUGCGCGAGGCCAUCCAGAAAGCAGAACAACAAGGAGGACAUCCGUCAGUUGGAGGAAGGAAAACGCGCCCGGACUCAAGAUCUUCUUACGAGUAACGGCAAGCAACUCGACACAUGGAAAGAGCUGUAUCUGGUUGAAGCCGCCAACGUUCGGAAAGUCAACUACGAACGAAUUAAGACUUUCUGUAUCGCCGAGGAUAAUGUCAGUUUCAAUAACCUCCUCAAACACUCCAACACCUUUCGCACCGUCUUACGAGUCUUUGAACGCGACCUCGAUUAUAUCACUCUAUCAGUAUGGCUCGAGCACCGUGGUCUUAUUCUUCGUGAAUACGCAUGCAUACCGUCUCGUUCUAACCCCAACGGCAAAACCCGCUGUCCAAUCUGUAAUCGUUUGGUCAAAACAGCUGGUCUGUGCACUCACCUGGUCGAUAAACAUCCGGAUGUUGACCCCAAUACGGUUCCAAGAACACUUCUACCUGCCCAAGACCGUGACAAGAUGCAUUGUAUGCAAUGUCCCCCUUCAAAACGGUGGCGGACGUUCGAUAAAGACGCACUGGUGUGCCACAAACGGUCUAAACACCCACAGUUGCAGCAAUAA